GGAGACAAGGCAGCUGGAACCGGAAGUGGCCUUUCAAUAAAACCUGUAGUUACCGGUCGCGGGAAGAGGUGGAUUAACGGCGUGAUGAUCGUGCUUUUUUGUUGAAGUUAGUUUUGUUUAUCGCAGUAAACAUGGCUGCUAAACGCAAAGCAGACGUGACGGUUCCCGCGGAGGAGAGCGACCAGCUGCUGAUCCGCCCGCUAGGAGCUGGUCAGGAGGUGGGACGGUCCUGCAUCAUCCUGGAGUUCAAGGGGAGAAAGAUCAUGCUGGACUGUGGCAUCCAUCCUGGUCUGGAGGGGAUGGACGCCCUGCCGUACAUCGACCUGAUUGAUCCGGCUGAGAUCGACCUGCUGCUCAUCAGUCACUUCCACCUGGACCACUGUGGGGCACUGCCCUGGUUUCUGCAGAAGACCAGCUUUAAAGGACGAACCUUCAUGACACAUGCCAGCAAGGCCAUUUACCGCUGGCUGCUGUCAGACUACGUCAAAGUCAGUAACAUCUCCGCCGACGACAUGCUGUACACAGAGACAGACCUUGAGGACAGCAUGGAGAAGAUCGAGACCAUCAACUUCCACGAGGUGAAGGAGGUGGCCGGCAUCAAGUUCUGGUGUUACCAUGCUGGUCACGUUCUCGGAGCCGCCAUGUUCAUGAUCGAGAUCGCCGGCGUGAAGUUGUUGUAUACAGGAGACUUCUCCCGUCAGGAGGACCGACAUCUGAUGGCGGCAGAGAUCCCGAGUGUGAAACCUGACAUCCUCAUCACAGAGUCGACAUAUGGGACCCACAUCCACGAGAAGCGAGAGGAGAGGGAGGCUCGUUUCUGCAACACGGUGCACGACAUCGUGAACAGGGAGGGCCGCUGCCUGAUCCCCGUGUUCGCUCUGGGCCGAGCUCAGGAGCUGCUGCUCAUCCUCGACGAGUAUUGGCAGAACCAUCCGGAGCUCCAUGACAUUCCCAUCUACUACGCCUCGUCUCUGGCCAGGAAGUGCAUGGCCGUGUACCAGACCUACAUCAACGCCAUGAACGACAAGAUCCGCAAGGCCAUCAACAUCAACAAUCCCUUUGUCUUUAAACACAUCAGCAACCUGAAGAGCAUGGACCACUUUGACGACAUCGGCCCCAGCGUCGUGAUGGCGUCUCCCGGAAUGAUGCAGAGCGGCUUGUCCAGAGAGCUGUUUGAGAGCUGGUGCACCGAUAAGAGAAACGGAGUCAUCAUCGCUGGCUACUGUGUGGAGGGAACGCUGGCCAAGCACAUCAUGACAGAACCGGAGGAGAUCAACACCAUGUCAGGUCAGAAGCUUCCUCUGAAGAUGUCGGUGGACUACAUCUCCUUCUCGGCCCACACAGACUACCAGCAGACCAGCGAGUUCAUCAGAGCACUCAAACCUCCUCAUGUGAUUCUGGUCCACGGUGAGCAGAAUGAGAUGGCCCGACUGAAAGCAGCUCUGAUCCGCGAGUACGAAGACAACGACGAGGUCCACAUCGAGGUCCACAACCCGAGAAACACAGAGGCCGUUACGCUCAACUUCAGAGGAGAGAAGCUGGCAAAGGUGAUGGGCUCGCUUGCAGACAAGAAGUGCGGUCAGGGUGAGAGAGUUUCUGGGAUCCUCGUCAAGAGAAACUUCAACUACCACAUCCUGACGCCUUCCGACCUCUCCAAUUACACAGAUCUGUGCGUGGGCACCGUCACUCAGAGUCAGGCCAUCCCGUUCACCGGACCCAUCUCCCUGCUGGUCAGCCAGCUGCGAAACCUGGCAGGUGACGUGGAGCAGGUGGAGGGGGCUGAAAAAAUCACAGUGAAGAUCUUCAAGAACAUCACUCUGGUCCAUGAAGCCGGCAUGGUGCUGCUGGAGUGGAUCGCAAACCCACUCAACGACAUGUAUGCUGAUGCUGUCACCACCGUGAUCCUGGAGGUCCAGUCAAAUCCCAAUGCCCAGAAGUUCCUGGAGGGAAAGAGGGAGAUCUUCGACAUAGAGGUGUUUGUAGAGCGGCUGGAGCUCAUGCUUCACGACAUGUUCGGGGACGACUGCGUGAAUUUCAAAGACAGUAAAAACUUGUGUGUGACUGUGGACGGAGUUACGGCGACGGUCGACCCAGAGACAUGCGCGGUGAUGUGCACGGAUGAUGAGUCUCUGAGGGAGAUGAUUGAAGUCGCCGUCCAUCGCCUUUACGACGCUCUCAGCCCCACCUUCUGUCAGGCCCCGCCCACUCAGCCAAUCGCAUCAGACACAUAAUUCUCAGCAGGUUUUUUUUUGUUUUGUUUUGUUUUUUACUAAUUUUCUGUAAAGAUGUUGCCAUGGAAACCUGAAUUAUUUGUUUAUGUGGAAAAUAAAGAGCCUGAUUUGUUAAAUUUCC